AUGGAUCAUGUUUUCAGAGUCCAUAGAGGCUACUGUAUUCUAUUGAGGAAGAUGUCUAACAGCAACACUACUCAAGAGACCCUGGAAAUAAUGAAAGAAUCGGAAAAAAAGCUGGUGGAAGAAUCUGUAAACAAAAACAAGUUUAUAUCUAAGACUCCAAGCAAGGAAGAAAUUGAGAAAGAGAGUGAAGAUACCAGUUUGCGUCAGGAGACACAGAGGCGGACAUCCAACCAUGGUCAUGCCAGGAAAAGAGCCAAGUCUAAUUCCAAGCUGAAAUUGGUGCGCAGCCUUGCAGUGUGUGAGGAGUCCUCCGCUCCAUUCGCUGACGGGCCGCUGGAAACCCAGGAUAUAAUUCAAUUGCACAUCAGCUGCCCCUCUGACAAGGAGGAAGAAAAGUCUACAAAGGAUGUCUCUGAAAAGGAAGACAAGGACAAAAACAAAGAAAAGGUCCCAAGGAGGAUGCUAUCUAGAGACUCCAGCCAAGAAUAUACGGACUCCACUGGAAUAGACCUACAUGAAUUUCUUGUAAAUACACUGAAAAAGAACCCAAGGGACAGAAUGAUGCUGCUAAAAUUAGAACAGGAGAUUCUGGACUUUAUUAAUGACAACAACAACCAGUUCAAGAAGUUCCCUCAGAUGACCUCAUAUCACCGGAUGCUAUUACACCGGGUAGCUGCCUAUUUUGGGAUGGACCACAAUGUAGAUCAAACUGGAAAAGCUGUCAUCAUCAACAAAACCAGUAACACAAGAAUCCCUGAACAGAGAUUCUCAGAACAUAUAAAGGAUGAGAAGAAUACAGAAUUUCAACAGAGAUUCAUUCUUAAGAGAGAUGAUGCCAGUAUGGACCGAGAUGAUAAUCAGAUCAGAGUUCCAUUGCAGGAUGGAAGGAGGAGCAAGUCAAUAGAAGAGAGAGAGGAGGAAUAUCAAAGGGUCCGAGAGAGAAUAUUUGCCCGAGAGACUGGCCAGAACGGAUAUCUAAAUGACAUCAGACUCUCCAAAGAAGCCUUUUCUUCUAGCUCUCACAAGAGAAGGCAGAUUUUUAGGGGGAACCGUGAGGGGCUGAGCCGCACCUCAAGCAGCCGCCAGAGCAGCACAGACAGCGAACUCAAAUCCCUGGAGCCACGGCCGUGGAGCAGCACGGACUCUGAUGGCUCUGUCCGGAGCAUGCGGCCCCCUGUCACCAAAGCCAGCAGCUUCAGUGGAAUCUCCAUCCUCACCCGGGGUGACAGCAUCGGGAGCAGCAAAGGUGGCAGUGCAGGAAGGAUCUCCAGGCCAGGAAUGGCGCUAGGUGCCCCAGAAGUGUGCAGCCAGGUCACCUCAUCCCAGUCUGUCCGGGGCCUUCUCCCGUGUACUGCCCAGCAGCAGCAGCAGCAGCAGCUUCCUGCUCUCCCGCCCACGCCUCAGCAGCAGCCGCCCUUGAGUAGCCACAUGAUCUCACAGCCAGUCCCGGCCCUGCAGCCGUCUCCGCAGCCUGUUCAGUUCUCUCCAGGCUCCUGUCCCCAAGUUCUUCUGCCAGUCUCUCCGCCCCAGCAGUACAACAUGGCAGAUGAUCUCAGCAACCCCUUUGGACAAAUGAGCCUUAGCCGCCAAGGUUCUACUGAAGCAGCUGACCCAUCCUCAGCUCUGUUCCAGCCCCCACUUAUCUCCCAGCACCCUCAGCAGACUAGCUUCAUCAUGGCGUCUACAGGGCAGCCCCUCCCUCCUUCCACUUAUUCCACCUCUAGCCAUGCACCACCUACCCAGCAAGUCCUGCCACCCCAGGGCUACAUGCAGCCCCCUCAACAGAUCCAGGUGUCUUACUAUUCCCCUGGACAGUAUCCCAAUUCCAACCAGCAAUACCGACCUCUGUCUCACCCGGUGGCCUAUAGCCCCCAGCGUGGUCAGCAGCUGCCUCAGCCAUCCCAGCAGCCUGGUUUACAGCCCAUGAUGCCUAACCAGCAGCAGGCGGCUUACCAAGGCAUGAUCGGGGCCCAGCAGCCACAGAGCCAGGGCCUGCUCAGCAGCCAGAGGAGCAGCGUGGGGGGCCAGAUGCAAGGCCUGGUGGUUCAGUACACUCCACUGCCUUCUUACCAAGUCCCAGUGGGUAGUGACUCACAAAAUGUGGUCCAGCCGCCUUUCCAGCAGCCCAUGCUGGUCCCUGCAAGCCAAUCUGUGCAGGGGGCCCUCCCCGCAGGGGGUGUUCCAGUGUACUACAGCAUGAUCCCGCCCGCCCAGCAGAACGGCAGCAGCCCUUCUGUGGGGUUUCUGCAGCCUCCUGGCUCUGAGCAGUACCAGAUGCCUCAGCCUCCCUCUCCCUGCAGCCCGCCGCAGAUGCCACAGCAGUACUCAGGAGUGUCAGCUUCUGGACCGGGUGUGGUGGUCAUGCAGCUGAAUGUCCCUAACGGACCCCAGCCUCCCCAGAACCCAUCGAUGGUCCAGUGGAGUCACUGUAAAUAUUACAGCGUGGACCAGCGGGGUCAGAAGCCUGGAGACCUGUACAGCCCCGAGAGCAGCCCCCAGGCCAGCACGCAGAUGAGCAGCAGCCCGGUCGCGUCUCCUGCACAGUCUCCAGCACCCGCUCCUGUCACCAGCCUCAGCAGCGUCUGCACAGGACUCAGCCCCCUUCCUGUCCUCGCACAGUUCCCCCGGCCCGGCGGUCCCGCCCAGGGUGACGGUCGCUACUCCCUCUUGGGCCAGCCGUUCCAGUACAAUCUGUCCAUCUGCCCGCCCUUGCUGCACAGCCAGUCAGCUUACACGGUGCACCAGGGGCAGAGUGGAUUGAAGCAUGGAAACCGGAGCAAGAGACAAGCGCUCAAAUCUGCCUCCACUGACCUGGGGACGACCGACGUCGUUCUGGGACGGGUGCUGGAGGUGACAGAUCUCCCGGAGGGCAUCACCCGUACCGAGGCAGACAAACUCUUCACUCAGCUUGCCAUGUCCGGUGCCAAGAUCCAGUGGCUCAAGGAUGCUCAGGGGCUGCCUGGUGGGGGCGGUGGGGACAACGGUGGGACUGCUGAGAACGGCCGCCACUCGGACCUCGCUGCCUUGUACACCAUUGUGGCUGUGUUCCCCAGCCCCUUGGCUGCUCAGAAUGCCUCCCUUCGCCUCAACAACUCCGUGAGUCGCUUCAAACUUCGAGUGGCCAAAAAGAACUAUGACCUGAGGAUCCUGGAGCGAGCCAGCUCCCAAUAA